UUACCCCUUUCCAAAUUCUCGCGAUAACAAAAUCACCUGAUAUCCUCUCUUGCGGAUAUCUUCCUCGAGCUUCUCUCCGCUGUGCUAUCUCUCUCCUCUGUUCUAGUCGAAGAAGAAGGUGACAAGCAUUCAAUCAAUCAAUCAAUCAUGGUUCGCGAAAAAGAUAUAUGUUGGGAAUAUGCUGAUAAAUUAGAUGGAAACAAAGUUAGAUGUAAAUUCUGUUGUAGAAUUCUUAAUGGAGGUAUCAGUAGGUUAAAGCAUCAUUUAUCAAGAAUACCCAGUAAAGGAGUGAAUCCAUGUACAAAAGUUAGAGAUGAUGUUACAGAUAGAAUAAGAGAAAUGAUGGCUACCAAGGAUGAUGGAAAAGAUUCUUGUAGCAGUAGCACUAAUAAGAAACAAAUACAAAAGGCAGUUGAAAUGAAGCAAUCUCCAAUAUCAGCUGAACUCACACCAUCACCUCUAGCAAUGUUUUUUCCUUCCAUUACCCCAUCCACUCCUCCCCAAUCCAAUGAUCAAGAAAACGUCGAGAGAAGCAUUGCCAUGUUCUUCUUUGAGAAUAAACUCGACUUCAGUGCAGCCCGUUCUUCGUCAUAUCAAUCCAUGAUUGAUGCAAUUGGAAAGUGUGGUUUAGGAUUUAGAGGCCCAUCUGCUGAAACUUUGAAAACUACUUGGUUGGAAAAGAUUAAAUCUGAAGUAAGUUUACAUUCGAAAGACAUUGAGAAAGAAUGGACCGCUACAGGUUGCACCAUAAUAGUAGAGACUUGGACAGACAACAAAUCGAAAGCUCUGAUUAACUUCUUGGUUUCGUCACCUUCUAGAACCUUCUUCCAUAAGUCAGUCGACGCAUCUGAAUAUUACAAGAACGUGAAGUGUCUCUCGGAUUUAUUUGAUUCUGUAAUCCAGGAUUUUGGGCCUGAAAACGUUGUGCAGGUCAUCAUGGACACUACUCUCAACUUCACGGGUAUAGCGAACCAUAUCUUGCAGAAUUACAGCACCAUUUUCGUUUCUCCUUGUGCUUCUCAAUGCCUGAAUUCCAUGUUAGAUGAUAUCUGUAAGGUGGAUUGGGUAAACCGAUGCAUUCUUCAAGCGCAGACUAUAACCAAGUUCAUAUACAACAACUCUUCUGUGCUUGAUCUGAUGAAAAAGUUCACUGGCGGGCAAGACAUCAUUAAGACAGGCAUUAAUAAGUCUGUUUCGAGUUUCCUCUCGUUGCAGUGUAUACUAAAGCAGAAAUCAAGAUUGAAGCAUAUGUUUAACACGCCUGACUUAUCUUCGAAUUCUGCUUAUGCAAACCGGCCUCAGAACCUAACAUGCAUUAGUAUCAUGGAAGACAAUGAUUUCUGGAGGGUGAUUGAAGAAUGUGUUGCUGUUUCCGAACCUUUCUUGAAGGUUCUUAGGGAGGUUUCUGGAGGAAGACCUGCUGUCGGGUUUCUGUACGAACUCAUGACGAGGGCGAAAGAGUCCAUAAGGACGUAUUAUAUAAUGGAUGAAGUUAAGAGCAAGACAUUCCUAGAUAUUGUUGAUAAACGAUGGCAUAACCACAUGCAUACUCCUCUACAUUCUGCAGCAGCUUUUUUGAAUCCCGGCAUCCAAUACAACCCUGAAAUCAAAUUUAUCGGAUCUAUCAAGGAAGAUUUCUUUGGAGUUUUGGAGAAAUUGCUCCCGACAGAGUUACGACGUGAUAUCACAAAUCAAAUCAUUUUAUUCACGAGGGCAACCGGGAUGUUCGGGUGCAACCUUGCAAAGGAGGCAAUCAGUACUGUCGCCCCAGGACUAUGGUGGGAACAGUUUGGUGAUUCCACACCAGUUUUGCAGCGAGUUGCGAUGAGAAUAUUAAGUCAGGUUUGCAGUUCCUCAACAUUCGAACGACAAUGGUCUGUAUUUCAGCAAAUCCACUCUGAGAAACGCAACAAGAUUGACAAAGAAACACUAAAUGAUCUUAUCUAUAUAAAUUACAAUAUGAAGUUAGCAAGAUCUAUGAAACCGAAAUCACCUCAAGUGGACCCUAUACAACUAGACGACAUGGACAUGACUUCAGAGUGGGUCGACGAAACAGACAGCACAAGCCCGACUCAAUGGCUGGAUCGAUUUGGUUCUGGUUUGGACGGGAGUGAUUUAAACACCAGACAUUUUAGCGCCUCUAUAUUUGGUGCAAGCGACCAUAUAUUCGGAGUAGAUAUUCAUGAUCAUGAGUUCAGCAUUAGACUCUGAUUAGUGAUUAAAGAUGCAUGCCGGCAAAGUUAUACAUCCAUUAACUAAAGGGGAUCAAUCGAUCAUCAACUGGACAACUAUGAAGCAGAUGUAGUCAUCAAUCAUAAUCCAACUCUUGUAAUAUAUAAAAAAAAUCUGAAAUAAUCAUGUGCCUGUGUUUAGUUAGGAUGUAAUUAGAAUUGAUGGGUUUAAUUUUCAGUUUCAAAUUGUCUGUUUGAGAAUUUCUAAUAAAAAAAUAUAUUUUUUAAUAUAUUGAUCAUAGUCUUAUGUUUCCAUUC